GCAACUCCAACCAAUGGCUGCUCGCGAGCCGCGCAGAAGCGUGUGUAACCAGCCUCGCUUUAACACUCGUGUUCCCCUCGCCGCCAUCGCGAUACCUCUUGCUUCGGUAGCUGACGGGUCUUUUGCGCGGCUCUUCGCUUCGAGGCCUAUUUUGAUCACUUAGAAAAUGGCGUCAGAUGAAGGAAAGCUCUUCAUUGGAGGACUCAGUUUUGACACCAAUGAACAAAAUUUGGAGCAAUUGUUCUCGCCCUAUGGUGACAUUGCAGAAGUGGUUGUGGUGAAAGACAGAGAGACCCAGCGAUCCAGGGGAUUUGGUUUUAUUACCUAUUGCCGUCCUGAAGAUGCCAAGGAUGCCAUGCGAGCCAUGAAUGGCGAGUCUGUGGAUGGACGUCAGAUCAGAGUUGACCAGGCUGGAAAAUCCUCCCGUGGCUCUUCUGGAGGCAGAGGGCGUGGACGUGGAUUUUCUAGAGGAGGCGGUGGAUAUGGAGGUGGCCGUUAUGACAACCGAAGCGGUGGAUAUGGUGGAUCCAGAGACUAUUAUGGCAGCAGAAAUCAGGGAGGCUAUGGGGACCGUUACUCUGGAAGCUCUUACAGAGACAAUUAUGAUAAUUAGCUUGCACCGAGCAUAAAUCCUUCCUGACUCAAGAUCGUCCUUCCAAUGGCUGUAUUUAUAAAGAUUUUUGGAGCUUCGCUGAAUCUUGUUUAGUUCUCUACCUGUAUCUUCCCUUUUUUGUAGUCUUAUCACAAGCAGCCCAACAGCUUCUGCUACAGGAUGGCCUAUUAGAUCUUUUUGGAGGAAUUUUUUUUAAUUUGCUUUUUUUUCCUUUUUUAUUUUUUACAGGUGUGUUUAAGCAUUUUGAAUAAUACAUUUAUUGUUUUUUUCCCCCUGAUUUCUUUCAACAAGCCAAGGUGGGGGGGGGGUCUGACCUAUAUAUCACCUAUAAUCCCCCAGAGCCUGAGCAAGGUGUGAAGAUCCUCCUUGUUUUUAUAAAUGCAUUAAUACCUUGUAGUUUUGUAAAAGUACUAUGAUGUAGUGAGGAAGGGGCAUGGUGGAAGGCAGCCCCCCCUUGAUUAUUAAGGGAGACUCGUGUUGAUCUUCAGAAACAAAUUUAUACUGUAUGAUGUACCUAGAACCUGAAGCUUGCAGAACCUGCAAGUUCUUGAAAAACUGUUUGUUUAUAUUUUUCUUUUAAACUGGAAGACUCACAUGUAAUUCAAUAUUGUACUAAAAGUGGUUAAGGUAUUCCUGUAUUCAGUUCUUUGGCUUCACGAAGCCUAUUAAAUGCCCUUCUGAAAAUGAA